CAACAACUUAACAAUUUCAGGAAAAAUAAAAAACAAAAAAAGGAAUGCCUAAACAAGAUCGGACGGUAUGCUCGGUGUGCAACCUGGAGAAAUUCAAAUACAAGUGUCCUAACGAUCAGACGCCAUAUUGUUCGGUGGCAUGUUUUCGAGUGCAUAAGGAGCAAGCGAGUUGUCCAGGCACAACAAGCAAGAAGCCGAGCCAGCAAGCCAACGACCCAGACCAAUCACACUCAUCCUCCUCCUCCUCCUCAUCAUCAUCAUUAGGAACUGGCAACCCGGUUCGUUCGAGGUUGAGGCCGUUGACAGAACUGGAUUGGCCCCUGGUCGACCAGGACCGACUCGCGGUCUUUAGCGACCCGCUCCGGAAAGACGAAAUCAAACCUAUCAGACAACAUGAAUGGGAACUGAUUGCUACAUCGACCCGUUUGCGAGAACUCUUGGCCACCCAACCUGACCUAAAACAUCUCUUGACAAGCAUCAUGGCAUCCAGGAACCAAAACCAAAAUACAUCAAGAAGAGACGACGGAGCAUCGAAGAGCUCCAAGGACCGAAUCCAACAACUCCUACUUCACCUUGUCUCCUCCGCUCAAUCGCCCUCACUUCACCCAUUCUCUCCGCAAGACUUUGUUCUUUUCAAUCAGUUUGCGGAUAUCGUUCGGGAUAUCUUGGCCCAAACUAGAUCAUCAUUUACGUGAUCAUCCCGAACUUUUUUAGAAUCAGUUUGUAAAACUGUUCUGAUAUUGAUCUUACGAACAUCCUUGAUCUGUUAACACUCUUGGUUGGUUUUUUUUUUCAAGGGGUGGGUGCAGUCUUUGAGUCCUUGAACCUUUAAUAUCUUCCGCUUUGAUCUGAUUCACCUUGUUCGUUGAGCACUGCCUUCUACCAAUUUGUACAUACAUACACCAAAAAGGGGGGUUGGAGUACCCUUGUCAACAAAGCAUAUGCAUGCCUAAGGGUGUGACCCCAAACCUGAUGCAAGUCCUGCGUACAGAAUUUGGCAGAGGCACUGGAGCAGCUGUGGUGUCUCAGUAAUUUGUACAGCUAGUUCCAGAAAGGUUGUUGCCCUUGGUGUGGAUUUUCCUGCAAGAAAAACCACUGGGCAAUAUAUCAAAUUCAUGGGCAAACUCAAACUCAAACAGUGUUUUUGCAGUAAACUUACUGUUAGUUUGUAGAUGGAUUGGCAAUAUCUCUUAAUUUCUGCUCAG